ACGGCAUACAAUCUGGCGUCUUUACAAGGAACUAGUAUUCGCCUAAGGCAGUCCGGUUCCUAUGUUCGGGAGAAAUGGCGCCGUCCAAACGAGGCAAAGCGAAAGCCGACUCCGCCGCUACGGCCGCCACCGCCACGUCAGGGCCGACGGGAAUUCCCGCCUGCCUUCGCCUCAUCCCCCCCUCCACCGUCGCCAUAACCGUCCACGCCAAACCGGGCUCCAAGGUAGCCACGAUCACAGAUUUUGGCGACGAGGCGCUGGGCGUGCAGAUUGACGCUCCGGCGAGAGACGGGGAAGCCAACGCGGCGUUGCUCGAAUACAUCAGCUCGGUUUUAGGAGUGAAGAAAAGGCAGGUAUCUAUUGGUUCUGGUUCAAAAUCCAGGGAAAAAGUUGUGCUUGUCCAAGACAUAAAUCUUCAGAAUGUUUUUGAUGCUCUGAAUCAGGUCUGCACAUGUCAUUGAUGGAUGCCCAAGUACUUGAAGAAAGGGAUUGGGAUGUAAUAUACAUGCUUCUAUUAUAUCUGAAACCUACAAAUUGCAGAGAAUGUUGAUUUUUCAGUUUGUUCUACAGACUUGGCACGCUAGUCAUCUCACUCAUGCUUGUAUAAAAACCUUUUGGCCCUUUGAUGAGCUGCCAGAUCAUAGAAUUAUCCAUGAGUAAAACACUAAAACAGUUACCAUGAUAACGCGAUGGCGAGGCACGAAUGAAUAUGUUGAUGUC